AUGGAACGCGGCAACAACGACUACUAUCAUCCUGUAGAGAUUUCUACUUAUCAUCAAAAACAAUUUUUUGAACAAGAGGAGUCACGACAAUAUUAUCAUUCUCGGAUUUCAUCAUCACACUUUGAUUGUCAUUUAAAUAAUAAUUUUAAUAAUCAACAACCUCAACAAUAUUCGUAUCCUUCUCAAACACAAGAUUAUCAUUCUCAAUUAAAGUCGACAUUCGACGAUAACAUUUUAUCCGAGAAUUCGCAACACAUUCCAAUUUUUCAAUCAUCGUCACGAACCCAAAAUCAUCAUGCUCAAAUAAUUUCUUUCAAACGACAAAUGAUUACAAGUCCUAAUACUCCUCCUUUAACACCUCCCCGUCAUCAUCGUCCUUUCAAAAGACGUAGUUCUUCCACUUUGGUUAUUAAAAAAUCAGACGGUGCGAUGGUUAGUUUAUUGAACGAUGAUGAUGAGUCGACUUUAUCUCCGACUUCUUUGUUAUCUGAUGAUGAAUCAGUGUUUUCUUCAGUUUCUAGUUGUGGAUGUUCUGAUGAUGGUUUAGUUUCUCAUAUACAUUCACCGCAAAGACAACAACGUCUACCUUCUAAUCCUUCUCUUACAAAUGCUAAUGUAAACAAACGUAAAUAUAUUUGUCAGCAUCCUGAUUGCGGCAAAAGCUUUACAACUAGGAUACAUACAGGAGAGAAAAAUUUCUCUUGCUUAAUGCCAGGUUGUACAUCAAAAUUCUCUCGUCAAGAUAAUAUGAUGCAACAUUAUAGGACACACUUAUCUUCGAAAAGCCGACGUGGUUCAAAAGCUGGUAUUCAUACCCCUCCUCCACCACAAACUUCUUGUCCUGAUAUCGAUGAACCUCAAUCAAAGCGUGUUAGAUGUACGCCUACUCCACAUCAUUCUCCAAUGACUAACUUACCAUCAGUUAGAUCAAUAUUUCAAGAACCUAUUCAUUUACCACCUAUUAAUUCCAUGAUGUCAUCUUCUUUACCACAUUCUUCAUCACAUCAUCAUAUAAGAAGUGGUAGAAUAGAUAACAUAAACAAUUCUGUUGGGAUGACAAAUUACGUUAGCAUAAUGG